AAACAGGGAGCAGAAUUAUCUCUCCAGAACGAUCGGAGCAGCCAGACAUACAGCAAACCACCUGAGAAAAGAUUAGUCUGAGGAAAAGGCUUCAUCAAGCACAACAUGGCUCGACUGACAAUACUGGCUGGAUUGUCACUUCUGGUGUGUCUUCAAACUGUUUUGUCCACCAAACUGGUGUGCUACUUUACCAACUGGUCCCAGUAUAGACCAGGAAUUGGUAGAUACACUCCUGAAAACGUAGAUCCAAAUCUCUGCACUCACCUGAUCUACGCGUUCUCAAUAAUCAGCUCCUCCAAUGAGCUGUCUACUUACGAAUGGAACGAUGCAGUUCUGUAUCAAUCCUUUAAUGCCCUGAAGACCAAAAACCCCCAGCUGAAAACUCUGUUAGCUGUUGGUGGUUGGAACUUUGGGACAAUACAAUUCACCCACAUGGUCUCAUCUCCGGCCAACCGUCAGGUGUUCAUCCAGUCUUCCAUCAGAUUUCUGAGACAACAUGGCUUUGAUGGACUGGACCUGGACUGGGAGUACCCUGGAUCACGAGGAAGCCCACCCGGUGACAAGGAAAGGUUCACAUUGCUCUGCCAGGAAUUACUUGCUGCCUUUGAGGAGGAGGCCACUGCAACCAAAAGGCCAAGAUUGCUGCUCACAGCUGCAGUGCCAGCUGGAAAGGAGACUAUUGAUAACGGCUUUGAGAUUGCUAAUGUGUCGAAGUAUCUAGACUUCUUGAACAUCAUGACCUAUGACUUCCAUGGAGCCUGGGAACAAUUCACUGGCCACAACAGCCCUCUAUACAACAGCUCUGCCCUUCAUGGUGAUCAAAUACACCUCAAUGUAGACUUUGCCAUGAAAUACUGGAGAGACCAAGGAGCUCCUUUAGAAAAGCUGCUGCUUGGUUUUCCCACAUAUGGCCGCACAUUUCGCACAUCACUAGCAGCUAGUGGUGUUGGAGCACCAGCAAGCGGACCGGGCUCUGCUGGGACCUACACCCGAGAAGCAGGAUUUCUGGCUUACUAUGAGAUUUGCACUUUCCUUAAUGGAGCCAGCUCACACUGGAUUGAGGAACAAAAGGUGCCCUAUGCAGUCAAAGACAAUGAGUGGGUGGGAUUCGACAACAAGCAGAGCUAUCAAAUCAAGGCACAAUACAUGAAAGACAACAAAUAUGGGGGAGCAUUUGUCUGGUCUCUGGAUCAGGAUGAUUUUGCUGGACAAUUCUGUGGUGAAGGAAACUAUCCCCUCAUUGCCUAUCUCCGCACUCUUCUGGAUUCAGAUACCCCACUACACCCUCCUGUAGCCACAGAAGCCCCAGUUGUUACCACAAACCAAAGUGUGGGCGGCCCCGCUGCAACCACAACAGCUACCGGCACGACCGCUGCCGGCAAGACCGCAGCUGGCACAACCACUGCCGGCAAGACUGCUCCCAGGAUGACCACUGCCAAACCUACCAAAGCUACUGUUUCUGAGAGCAGUUUCUGUGCUGGAAAGCCUGAUGAUAUUUACAAAAAUGACAGUGAUAGAAACAGCUUUUAUCACUGUGCCCACGGAAGAACCUUUGUACAGAGAUGUCCUGCUAAUCUGGUUUUCAAUGAGAAAUGCAAAUGUUGUGAUUGGCCCUAAAUAUCUCAUUUAUUAAGCCAGUGCUGUCAGUUGGUUAAUUAAAACAACAGGAAAUUCCCCUUCAAAAUAAACUCAGAGGUCCGUCUUUAUUGAGUUUUGUUUAUUGAGCAACGCGUUCGAAUCAAGAGAAAAUAUCCCCAAAAUCAUGUUCUGAACUGGUAAAUAAGUAAACAUGCAAGUGGUCACCUAAAAUGCCUCUCCGACCAGAUCUCUAGAGGCACAGAAAGAGAAGCUGCUGUUUAAUGUAGCUAAUUUCAGAUGAGGAUAUUGCAAUAUUGUAAUUCAAGGUGAAAAAUUCACACAUCUGUCAAACGCAGUAAAAAUAACCUUAACCCAAGAAUAUUGUCAAAAUGUGGUGAGAUCCUUCCAUUUAUCCAUGCAGAAAUUAAUUUAAUCCUCACAAACAAAUCAAUGAAAUAUAACUCAGUAAAUAUUCACAUUCUGAAGCUGUGAAGUCUGGGAGGCCCAUUUGGAGUCAUGAUAUUAAUGAUCUUUUCUUUUGCAGAAGUGUAUCACUAUGAUUGAGAUUUUAAAAAUUACAUAUGAUGAAAUGAGAGAUUAAUCUUUAGAGUAUCAAAUGAAUAAUCAUCAUACUACAUGAAUAAGAUGUCAUGAAAAAUAGAAUGAUGGAUCAUUUCUUUGAAAAUCAUGUUAAACACAUAUCAGUGAUUGUGGAUGGAAUUAUGAUUUUCACAUUUAUGAUUGAUGCAAUCCGGAAAUUUAUGCAAUUAGGGAAUAUAUGCAAUGCAAUAUAUUUUUUAUAAUAAUAAGUGCUACUGGACUUUGUUAAUCAACUAUACAAAGUACUGUUAACCCUUCGUGAUGUAUGAAAAGAAAGGAUGAAAUUGAAGUAAUGGUUUUAAACUGUUAGUGAAGUAAAUGCUGUAACUAAAAGUUUGAACAGCAACGAAGUAAGAAUUAAAGCCACUGUUUAAGAGGAAAAGUAAUGUUGAGUGAGACAGGAAUAGAGCAGAUGUUGAGGAAUUGGGGAAGUAGGGUGAUGACUGAGGCAAGUGCGCAGGUGAGAGAAGAAGCCAGCAGACGGCUCAGGACUGAGGUGAUGAUGGUUCAUGUCUGAUGACUCGAGGAAUCCCAAGGAAAAGAUCCGCUUAUGUGACGGGUAACCAAUGAAACAGCCAUGGCAACAUCAACUGGCCAAUAAGUACAAAGAGUGUCGUGAAAUGCUCUAUAAAGCUGUCAAGAAUAGAGGAACUAGUCGGUUGUUUCCUCACAGAAGACACAUCAUGCAAGACCGAGAUGGAGAAAAGACACUGCAGAUGAAUCAGAGGACACAAGACACCGCCCAGCUGAAAAACUGCAUUGAAAAGAGGAACAACCCCUUUGUCUAAGGACUGUGGCUCAGAUUGAGUAUCUGAUUACAGCUGUUGCAAUUUAGCCAGACAACUGAAUGAAUUUGGUCAGCAAACAACUGACUGCUUUGAGUUUCAGGCUUCAGGAAGUCCUGAACCGAUCCCUUUUGUAUCUUAAGGGUUUCUUUCAAUUCUUCAACCUCUGGAAGCUACUGACUGUUGAGAUAUACGACAUCAGUGUUUCUGACUGUACCUGACCUAAGACCUCAGUGACAAAACAUCAAAACCUGGGGCAUGAGUGCUUGUCUGCUUAGAGGAAGAGAACUGAAGAUUCUGGUUGCCUUCUGCCCAAUAAAUCUACUGGUUGCCUCCCGAAGAAUUCAUCUUCAUCAGGUGCAUGGAUGAGUCUCCGUCUUCACAGCCUCCUCUUUAAGCUCACUUCAAGUUUCACCAUUAGGGAAAGAAAGGUUAAGUUGAUCGAUUAAUUUCUAUUAUCUGAUUAUUAUGUGUUGCUGAAUUUUAAGCUGUUACUGAUCCCUGCAAAAGCGUCACCAAUUAAAGGAAGCACAUAAAAUUCUAAA